AUGCCGCUUGCUCCAACGCCUUUAUCGGGAUGUCCUCUUCACCGUUUAGAGAUCCGUGAUGGGUCCACAGGCACCGUUUACGACGCUACUCAGCUGGAAAGCUCUCUGACUGCUACCCUGGAAGCUCGACGAUCGCUGUCUGGAGGCACCAAUAAGAGCGACCUCAUGCUUCAAUCUCAUCUGGGGCUCAGUCGUGUGCUGUCAAUCCAGCUUGCAGAUCUCCUCACUUCAUCGGGCGACACCACAGAGGUUGUGACUGUCGACAAACCUUCUCAGCAGAUGUGCAUUCGGAUUCACGAAAAAAAGCAGACCAUUCUGUUUACCUUCAAAGAGAGCCGGGAUUUCAAUGUUGCCAUCUAUACACUGAAGAGGUUCGGGUUUCGAGUCAGAGACAGCGUAUUUUCUUUCAAUCACACUACCGCCGGCCUGGCUCGUUCCCAGUCUUCGGCGCCUUCAAGCAACGACCUCGGACCCCGAUUGAGCUCCAUCACGCCUUUACAAGGAUAUGGAAGCUCUCAGGCUCCGUCGCCGUUCUCGUUCACGGCUCUAUUGAACUCUGAUGUUCCACUUUCCCAGAUACAGUCAAUGGGCACACAGCAUGAGCCCUAUGAAUCUCCAUCACCAGACUCGUCGCAACAGCUGAUUCGACACAUUGUACCAGCCACGUACGCUCAUCAAAACCCAUAUCAGUUAUAUCUCGGCCAACACGGCAAUUUGUAUCAGCCCCGGGUGAGUUCACCACUGCGAAACGCUGUCGAGGUUGACAGCAGAGACCUAUCGCCUAUGUCCCCUGUAUCUCCCAUGCCACAGAGCCAGCCUAGCCUUUCAGUCCAUCCUACAACAGUAAGAUCAUUACUGGCCCAGCGCUCUACUUCUGCACCCAUUACAACACCACCAUCUUGGCAGCAGCCGAGGUACAUGAAUACAGAUGGUUGCGGUUCGCCAUACUACCAACAGAGUCCGCCAGGAAGUCAAGAAACUACCAUUACCUCUACUGAGAGUGAUUCACAAUCCACAGACGGAACGAACGUCACAUUGCCGUUGCAAAUCGCAGAAGAUUUUCGCAAACUCAUGCCUCAACCUCGCAAUUUACCUUUUCUGAAAGAAGGCAAAACCAAGACGGCCGUGCUCAAACCUGUGAAAAGAAGAGCAAAGACGGAGCUUGGUCCAUCCAGUGCUAAGCGGAAGAACAGCUUCUUUGCAGGACAUGGCAACAGCAAUACCUCGAACGAUGGUGCAGUUUCGUGCGUGCAAGAGAACGGCGCAAACUCGGAUAUAGAUGACGCCAGUGCCGCCCCGAUAACAUUGCAUCCGACAUCAUUCCAGACACGAGUUUCACAAAACGGAGCAACUUCGCCGGAUCAUUCGUCACUUGAGAUAUGUGACCUGCCACCAAUGCUGAUAGCAGACAGCUCCCUACUAGAGAAGGUUAACAAUUCAACAUCAAGAGCCUUAGCAAACAUGUCUUCCGUAUUUGCCCAGGUUGAGUCCCUCCUGGCAAUGAGGGACCUCAAUAGCACCGAACCGCAGUUUGUCCUACCUGACGCGCUUUUUUUCAGGCUCAUCGUUGACGAGGUUGCCGGCCCCUUCAUUAUCGUUAAUGAAGUUGCAUGGUGUCACGGAUAUUACAUGGCGUGGAAAUUGAUGAUUCCAAAGAACCAGGAACCAGACUGGCCCCAUGAGGUUCCUUCAGAUUUGCUGGUUGAGGCAGCUGAUGUGCUUGAUCUUGCGGCGUGCGAGCUGUACGCGUACCAGAGCGGUUACAGGAGCAACCAGCGUGUCACUGUCUACACGGAUACACUUGAACGAGUAGCCUGGUGCGUGAGGGAGUGUGUGGGCAUGCGAUGGAUCUAUAGAUGGUGA